AAAAAAGGUCGCGUAGAGCUACUGUGUGCAAAACAUAUGCUGGUGCAAGAACUUGUUGGAAAUGCGCGGGAGUCGCUUAUUAUGCGGGAGUGAAUUUGACAGCUUAUACGAUAUCUAAAAUGCAAUUGAGUUAAUGUACCCUUCCUCUGGGUCGCAGACGAUCUGACCGUUAGUUUUCCGGUUGUCCCGGCAGAUUUCUGUGCUGGGUGCUGCGUCAUUGUCGCCGAGUCAGAACGGGACCUGUAGCCUCACGACAAAUCUCAUCACAACCGCCAAUUUCGCGUUCUUCAUCCGACGCUGUUCCCCCCAACCUUGGUCCUACAAAACCUCUCAAAAGGCACAUCUUUAUCUUGCGUCCCUACCAACUCCUGCUCCUUUGCCCGACAUCCCGCUACUAUGCUGUACAAAGGUCUUCGUCUUGCGGCUCGCGCCGCUCCCAAACUCGCGCUCUGCAAUGCGACGCCCGCACUCCGGCAGCUUCCCCUGCAGUUCCAGCAUGUCCGCACCUACGCCGAUCAGGUCAUCAAAGUCCCCCAAAUGGCCGAGUCCAUCAGUGAGGGUACCUUGAAGCAGUGGAACAAGAAGGUUGGCGACUAUGUCGAGCAGGACGAAGAGAUCGCGACCAUCGAGACCGACAAGAUCGAUGUUGCCGUCAACGCUCCCGAGGCCGGUACCAUUAAGGAGUUCCUCGUCAAUGAGGAGGACACUGUCACAGUCGGCCAGGACAUCGUCCGGUUAGAGCUUGGUGGUGCGCCCAAAGAGGGCGGUGCCGAAAAGCCGGCCGCGUCCGAGAGCAAGGAGGCUGCUCCCAAGGACAGCGCUCCUGCUCCUGAGAAGGCUCCGGAGCCUAAGAAGGAGACCAAGCCCGCCGCUGCUCCUGCUCCUACGCCCGCCAAGAAGGAAACUCCUGCCCCCAAACAGGAGAGUACUCCUGCGAAGGAGGCCCCGGCUGCAUUGGGCAAUCGCGAGGAGCGCAGAGUCAAGAUGAACCGCAUGCGCCUCCGCAUCGCCGAGCGUCUCAAGCAGUCCCAGAACACGGCUGCCUCGCUUACCACAUUCAACGAAGUUGACAUGUCGGGCCUGAUGGAUUUCCGCAAGCAGUACAAGGACGAGAUCCUUAAGAAGACCGGUGUCAAGCUCGGCUUCAUGAGUGCCUUUUCCCGCGCAUGUGUCUUGGCCAUGCGCGAUAUCCCGGCCGUAAAUGCCUCGAUUGAGGGUCCCAAUGGCGGUGACACCAUUGUCUAUCGGGACUAUGUUGACAUCAGUGUCGCUGUGGCCACCGAGAAGGGUCUUGUCACUCCCGUAGUCCGCAAUGUUGAAGCCAUGGACCUCGUUGGCAUUGAGAAGUCCAUCGCUGAUAUGGGCAAAAAGGCUCGUGAUGGUAAGCUCACCAUUGAGGACAUGGCCGGUGGCACUUUCACCAUUAGCAACGGAGGCGUUUUUGGCUCCUUAAUGGGUACCCCGAUCAUCAAUCUUCCUCAGAGCGCAGUUUUGGGUCUCCAUGCUAUCAAGGAGCGACCUGUUGCUGUUAAUGGAAAGGUUGAAAUUCGCCCCAUGAUGUACUUGGCUCUCACCUACGACCACAGGCUGCUUGAUGGCAGGGAGGCUGUCCAGUUUCUGGUUAAGGUGAAGGAGUACAUUGAGGACCCCAGGAAGAUGCUUCUUUAGGUUGUUGUAGUGGCAAAAAAUCAAAGAUCGUGUGUAUUGCACCGGGCUUCUAGUGCUCCCAUAUCAUAUGGGUUGAACAAUGAUAAGAACAACAGAGUAUUGAGAGUUAAGUCAUUGGGAUGUGAGUGUAAUGGGUCUGGCGCCUGGGGAUAUGAUGCCUAGCCGCAGAGCCGAGGCACGCUCCCUAGUUGGCCGAUGCCUUAGGCCACCUGUUCUCUUCUAGUACUUAGCUUCCGGGCUGUAGGCCUUUCCCAGCCUACAAACCUUUUCCGCUUUGUUAAUAACAUUAAGCUUUAGUAUACCCUAGGUGCUGUAUUAUAUUUAGUAGACCCGUAAUAUAUCACGAGAAUCCCUCCUCGC